AAAAGCUAAGGUGAUGCUCGGAACAAGCACUUGCUAGCUAAUAGCAAAUCCGAAAAAACUUCAAAGAUUUACUUUCUUCAUUUCUAUUGUGUGUUGUGUGAGAAGGAGAAGAAUGGUUGCAAUUUCACUGGAUUCGAGUUUAAGCCUGCAAAUUGACAAAGAUUGUCACCGUCGAGGAGUUGGAAUUACAGAGGAAAUCGAUGGUCUAAUUAAAGUGUACAAAGAUGGGCAUGUAGAAAGGCCUCAGAUCGUUCCAUGUGUUACGAGCGCUUUGCCUCCUGAGCAUGGUGUGACCUCACGAGACAUAGUCAUUGACAAGUUCACAGAUAUUUGGGCACGUUUUUAUGUUCCAACCACUUGCCAUGGUAAGCUCCCAUUAAUUGUAUAUUUCCAUGGAGGUGGGUUCUGUGUCGGUUCAGCUGCUUGGAGUUGCUAUCAUGAGUUCCUGGCAAGGCUGGCUGCCAAGGCAGGUUGCCUGGUCAUGUCUGUCAACUAUCGUUUAGCCCCGGAAAAUCCUCUCCCGGCAGCUUUUGAUGAUGGGAUUAAGGCUUUAAUGUGGUUAAAACAACAAGCUUUAAGUUCAGCUAGUGACUGGUGGUCUAGGCAAUGCAAUUUCUCUAACAUUUUCGUAGCUGGUGAUAGUGCUGGUGCCAACGUAGCCUAUAAUAUUAUUGCAAGGCUAAGUUCUGAAGAAGCUGCAGCAAUAAAGCCAUUAGAUCUUAAGGGCUUAAUCUUGAUUCAACCAUUUUUCGGGGGAGAACUACUAACCAAUUCAGAGAAAUAUUUAAUACAGUCAUCUCGGUCAGCACUAAGCCUGGCAACCUCGGAUACAUAUUGGAGACUAGCUUUGCCAUUUGGUGCUAAUCGUGAGCAUCCAUGGUGCAACCCUCUGGGAAAAGGGUCAAUGAAAAUGGAGGAUCUGAUGGAGUUGCCGGUGAUGGUCUGCAUAUCAGAGAUGGAUAUUUUGAAAGAUAGAAACUUGGAGCUUGUUGCUGCUUUGGCUAAAGCAAGGAAGGAAGUGGAGCAUGUGAUACAUAAAGGUGUAGGGCAUGGAUUUCAGGUUCUGAGUAAGUCUCAGGUCUCGCAAACUCGAACACUUGAAAUGAUGUCUCAAAUCCAGGCUUUUAUUAGUGGAUGAUUCCUUCUCUCUCACACACACGCACACACAAACUUUUGUGUCAGGAGAAAGGGAAUAUAAUUUGCGUAUAUCACUAUUCCUCGAAAGAAUUAACUAGCAGGGCUCUUGAUAGAUUCCUCAAGUACACAGUGGCACAGUGCAGGCCAUUGUGAGUGCUUGUGCAAAGCUUGUGCAUGUCAAAAGAGCUCAUGAUUUUUGUACAUAUAAAAAGGAUAUUCUUGCAAAGUUCAAUAAUGCUUUCGUUUA